UCAGUUGACUUCCCAACAAAGUCAAGUCAACCUGUUGUCUUGUAUGGAGGUUUUGCAUAACAUGACCUUAUUGCUUGAAAGUGAUAUUCAGCCAAUUGACAGAGAAAGAACAGGAAGGAAAGGGAAAGAGAUGGGGAGGCCAAUAAAUAACAACCAUCACCAACCUGUGCAGGUUCAAUCAACAGUCACCCAUUUCAGCCACUCCCAUCCUCUUCAUGUCUUCAGCAGUCUGACACAUACUCUAGCCGGAGCCUCAUGUUCGGCCUGCAAGGUCGGGUUUUCUCCUGGCAGCACGGUCUAUGGCUGCACCGCGUGCAGUUUCUUCCUCCAUGCCUCGUGCUCGAAACUGCCUCAGCAGAUCCAACACCCAGUCGAUGUGGCUCACAUUCUUUUCCUCCUUCCAGUCCCCAUUUAUCCGCAAGGUUUCUUUAACUGCAAUGCUUGCGGGAAGGACGGAAAUGGCUUCUUGUACCACUGUGGAGUCUGCAACAUCUAUCUACACACAAUCUGCGCGUCGAUGCCCCUGACUUGGACCCAUCAAUCGCACCCCCACCAGGUCAGCCUCAACUUCUCGGCUCCGUACCCUAAUAAGAUCUUCUCGUGUGACAUCUGUGGAAUGCCUGGCACGAGGGAGUGGCUCUACAGGUGCAAUCCCUGUGGGUUUGAUUCCCACCUCUUGUGUGCCGGAACGAGUAAUGUUAUAACUCGGGAAGCUGCUCCCGUGGAAAGUUAUUACACACCACAACCGCCGACUCCGAGCUAUCAGCAAGAACAAUAUAAUCUUGCUGCUCAAAAUCUAAUCCAACAGCAACUCUUGGAACAACAAGGAGCUACCGUGGCUAUUUCACGGGUUCAAAUGCAAUAUAAUCAGCCAGUGGCUUCAGUUCCUGGGAGAAACUUACGGGCAACUAAUAAUGUCAAUUAUUUUCGAGGCAAUCAACUUCGGGGUUUAUUCGCCGGUUUGCAAGGCAUGCUGGGAAACAGUGGCGGAGGUGGCAGUGGAAGUGAAAUGUCUGAUCUUGGGAAUGGAAGCAGCGGCGGGGUCGCCGGAGACAGUGGAGGAGGAGGACUUGACUUUGGUUCUGGUCUCGGAGAUCUUGGGAAUCUUGGUGGGUUCGACCUUGGGAGUCUUGGAGGGAUGGAUAUUGGGAGUUUAGGUGAUCAUGGUGGUGGUGGUGUAGGAGAUUUUGAUUUUUGAGAUACGAUUGGACAAUACGAUAUUGAAGAUAUUGAAAAUUGAAACUUUGGGAUUCCUUUUGUAAGCUUGAUUAGUUUCCAUAUAGUAGGGAACCAUCUGGACUAUAUGUGAUCAAGUCGGACGUGUACGAUUGCUAUUGUUAAAAUAACAUGUAAUUUACAUGAACUAUUUAGUUAGGGUUGGAGUGGAAGGAUGUGAAAUAAUAAGGACUUCAUUGAAUAA